AUGCGUACUAGUACUGUUCUCCUCAGUGUCGCACUCGUCGUCGGCAGUCUUGCAAGUCCAGUCAAGCUUGACCUUGGAGAUGGCAUUGAUUACGAGGUUGGCUAUCCCAUCACCGCUGGCCAAGCCGACAGCCUUGAUGGUGUCGACAUAGUCAAANGGGCUACCACUUCUUCGAAGACGACUUCGACUCGAAAGACAUCUUCGGUCAGGACGACCUCAACCUUGAAAGCAUCACCUAUCGCGACGAAACCGGCCACUACAUCUUCAAAGAAGUCCAGCAGUUCCACCAAGAUCUCAAGUACCGCGAAGUCAUCAUCAGCGGCUCCAGCAAAGGCCACUACAUAUCAGCAGCGCGUCCUUGUCUCACACAACGUCCACCGUGCCAAUCAUUCCGCCAGCAAUCUCGUCUGGGACAAUGCUCUUGCAUCGACUGCAGCCAAGAUCGCCUCAACUUGUGUCUAUGCUCACAACACCACAACCGACGGUGGCGGUUACGGACAAAACAUCGCUGCUGGUCUUGCUGCAGACAACAUAACAGCCAUCAUCACAGAGCUUUUCUACAACAGCGAAGUCUCGUAUUUCAAUGGUCUCUACGGCCAAGCCCAACCUGACAUGUCGAAUUUCGGCAAAUGGGGUCACUUCUCUCAAAUUGUUUGGAAGGGUACUUCCAAGGUCGGCUGCGCUACUCAGUACUGCCCGAACGGUCUCGCUAAUGUGGGACCUUACACUCCACCAUACUUUACAGUCUGCAACUAUGGGCCCNCCAGGCAAGUCUUUAGGAUUCUUCUCUGUGAUCGAUACCUUGCUAAUCUUGUCAUAGGCAACUACCUUGGUGAAUUUGAUGUCAAUGUUGGGAAGUCUCUCAAUCGACCCACAGUCCAUUGGAAUUAUGGUUUGUAG